AUGGAUGCGGAGCUUUACCAUGAAAAAAGCUUUCUAGACUACAGGGCUAUAGGUCUCAGCAAUUUUCCAACACUUGCAACAGAAAAUUCGAAGGUCUCACCGGAUGACGCCAGUGAUUUUGACUUGUUUGACGACCUUCGCGAGCACGAAAUUGACUGGUUUUCUUGGACACCGCUCGAGAAGGUGUACCAAAUUCUAAGUCCUUAUGGCCGCCCUACUUAUGUCUACCCUGCCUUUUCAUAUUUUGCAGUGGGCACAAGUAAGGGGACAGUUGCCAUCUUCAAUCAUAAGCAAUUCCUACAGGUGGCCCUCCUUUUAGAUUUCAAAUGUAUCAAUCCAAAAGUGACCAUGAUAAGAUCGUCCGUAGAUGGAACCCAUAUUGCGGCGAGUUUAGAGUCUGGGGACCUCGUAAUAUGGAACCUCAACAGGAAGAAGCAAGAUUCAAAAGCCUCGGACGGAACGCGUAAAAUCGCACCGAUACUUCAUAUAACCGAGCACAGAUCAAAACGUAUCACAGGGCUAGGUUUUCUAUCUGAACGCCAUACUGCAGUUGUAGCGAGCGAUGAAUCAGGGAAUCUUUCGUACCAUAGUGGAUUUCGAAAGGGAAUCUGGCAAUUGUCUUACUCGACAGCCAAUCUCAAGAGUCCAUCGAUGACGGGCAACUCUAAUUAUGUGAGCGCUGUUUAUCCAGGGUUUGCAAAUGCCCCUUUUUCCGAUCUUCAACCAGUAGCAGUGCUAUCUGCUUCUUCUAUCGCACUUAUAUCAGCAAACAAUUUCAAUUUAUGCUACUACGGUAAAAUAGAAGGGGUCAUUACAGACCACUCCCAAAUCAUCUGGAGUCCUUGCGGUACCAAAGUAUGCUUCUCCAGCUCGAGCUUAUUACAAGUGAUGAGCUUUGAGCGCACUUUUCCCUCUGAGAAACUUAAAAUUAGCUCAAAAGUCACUUGGUCGUGCGAGGAAACAAUCAAACGAAUAGAGUGGCUCUCCCCUUCGUUCAUGAGUGUCCUAACGAGCUCGAACAAGCUUAUCCUCAGCGGUACAAUGGACAAGAUCCAAGUAUUCGAGAUUAUUGACAUGUUGCCAAUAGCUUUACUCAAUCCCGUAGAAUGCGGCCUUGCAUACUUCAAUCGACGCCUAUAUGCUUUGACGAAUUACAACAUGCAAACUUGCGAUUUUUUGUCGUGGUCAGACAUAAUCCUCAAAUUUGUUCAGAGAGGAAACUAUAUGAGUGCUCUCAGAGCUUUGCGAUUUUUUAUGACAGAGAAGUGCAUACCUUGGAGUAUUUUUAGAUUAAAAGACAGUCUAAGCGCUCGGAAGCGUCAACUCUCUCAACCUCUAAAGAACUUGUCAGUCGCUAGCGUUCGUCACAUUGUGCGCGUGUCUGAUGCCAACCGCGUCGAACAAAUUCUCUGUCAAGUGCUGGAAGAAUCUCUUCAUAAUUUCUCCUUGAUCUACGAUAAUGAAUUCGACUCUUCGAAUUUUAUCGAGGAAGCACUGGAUCAGAUCCCGCAACAGAGCAAAGAAACAUUUUUUUCUUGCUUAGUAUGUUUGAUCAGGAAAAAAACCGUCAGAACACUAACACCCAGUGUGUUCAGUGAACUGCUUCAAUCGGACUACAUCUACCAUGACACAGAAGCUAUCAAAACUGUGUUUUUUGACUUAGAUAUUGCCUCUAUCGAUGUGAACCUAGCAGUGGGACUGUGCAGAAAGCUGAAGCUGGGUAGAGAAUUGAUAUACCUAUGGACUGUAACAUCUACAGAUUAUCUGACCCCCUUUGUAGACAUGUUGUCCAUUAUUGGGGGGAGCAAACGUCCGCAUCAGUUACUAAAUGAAGAGCUCGAGGGUGAUAAACAUUUAGUCUACGACUACUUGUCCUUCGUAAUGACAGGCAGGCAAUUUCCAGUACAAGAGAUGAUAAAAUCAUCUGAUCGUUUGUUGAAUGUAAAGCUUGAGAUAUGUUACAUUUUGUUCAACGGCACCUUAAUUGACUGGCCUCCGCACUCAGGUCAAAAGUUGUACACCUGUAAAAAUCAAAGCGACGAGCCAGCAUUCCCUUACAUGGAGCUGCUUCUCAAUUUUGACCUCAAAAGGUGUUUGAGCAUGCUCCAUGAAGUGCUCGAGGAUUCCUAUUUCGAUGACGACUCCAAGGAAACUGAAAGCAGUGCUAAUAACGCAACACCGAGGCUAAAGGUGAGUCGACAAUUUGUCGUGGACUUUUUGAUGGAUAGACUGAAGCUACGGCGGCCAUCGUGCGAAAAAGUUCUGAUAACCAUUUUUGUGGUCCAUAACCUCUCUAAGUAUCCGCAAUUUAUCAGACUGUCCACUCCACUUAUUGAACACCUGGUCCUGCUUCUCUGCUCAGAAAAUUUAUCGGAACUGCGUAACGAAAGUGAGAAAAGUCUGGAAUUGCUUAUAGGGGGACAUUAUGUUACGGCUACGAAAUCGCUAAUCUCUCACCUCAAGCUCAAAAAAUUUGACCGCGUACUACUUCUCGUUUACAGGCAAGUCGAGGCAUUUCCACAAAUGUUACAACUUCGCCUAGAAUCGCAUGAGUUGGAAAAUUUCUACCAUUCAGAAGUGGAUGUUGUCCAGUUUUGUUUGGGGCGAACGCAGAAAAAACCUGCGGAGCGUAAAGGCGUUACGGACAUCAUUUUGGAGAAUAUUGAUAAACUUAUUAAGCAUGAUGUUCUUGGAAUUAUCAACUGCUUGGAUAAGUAUGACCCCAGCCUUCACGCUACAGUUUUUGAAAAGGCUGGGAAAGUUGAGAAGCCCCUGUACCUGCAACAAUACUUUCGAUCUCAUAAUGCUAAAGCUCCCUGGCAAUUCGAGAUGCUUAGCCAACGCAUUAUGGACCUGAGCGAUGCUCAAAACGAAGAGGAAAUUGAAGAAUUGCUAGCGAGAACGGACUUUUCGUCGAAUAGAUAUCAGCAAUUGCUAGAUAAACUAAAAGACCGCAAUUCGGUGUACGGUGUGAUUUUAGUUGAACGUCAAAUGAACAAUUAUGAAGCUGUGAUUGACGAUGUUGUAACGUUCUCAAAAGACUCGCAAGACAAGGAAAAAUGCGCCAAGCUUUUGGAUUACGCAUUUGACACCUGCUGUGCUGCUCAAGGUGAGCAGUCACGAAAUUGCUGGUCCAGACUUUUGACGUUUUUGUUAUUAAAUCAUAAGGACCAUCAAAGCCAUUGGGCGAUAAAGAGACUAUUAUAUCAUCUUACCAUGCUUACUGACAGUGUUUUUGGAGAAUAUUCAGGAUUUGCUGCCAGGGACGUGCUUACUUGUUCGUUAGAGAGCCAAGACUUGAUUUUAACUAGGGCCAGAGAUCUUGCUUCUGUUUUUGGCGAAAUAAUACAUUUGGCAGAAAUUGAUGAGCAACUGCUUUCCACUCUUGCCAAAAUUGCAAACAGCUCCUCUUCCGAAGUGAUAUUACGUCACGAAAUACUGCUACAAAACGGAUGGUCUAUUCACUCGAGCAAUUGCGAGGUUUGCGGCGAAAAGCUGUGGGGAGUGUGCGUUCCGAGCGACUUGUUUCUUAUUUGGAGAAAGCAGACUAAAUCGAAGAGUGCAAAAGAAUCAAAAGCGGAAGGAGAAAGGAAGGUAUCCACUGUGAUAUUUGAAUGCCACCAUGGCUUCCAUGAAGAAUGCUUAAAAAACUUGGGACAGGCCGCAGACUCGUAUAAAUGUCUUCUUUGCCCUAUCUGA